UAGAGCGACAAUGAGAUCCCAGGGGAGCGACACAGAGUCCGGGAGAUAAACUUUUGGGACGGUGUCAUAACUCUACACUCUUUCCCUCUGCAUUAUCAACUUCAAACAGAGACUUCCCGGAGGCUGGAGUACCUUUACUUGGCACCUUUUCCACCGUUUUUCUCCGCAGUCGUUUAUAAUUUUGAUAAACGAUUCAUUUUCCCUCGGUGUCCUCAGGAGGAUCGGCUCUUAUUUCCCACCGCAGCGCAGACUGAAGUCGGGGGAAGCCUUCUUUCUCCCCUUCUCUCAUUCUUUAUUCCAAAUUGGUCGAAAUGAAGACCGACUGUGAGAAACAAGUGAAUGCUUGUUGACAGCAGCUCGUCGGUUAUUCAGAGUCUGGUUAAUUACAGAGUUAUGAGUGAAGUUAGGCGGAGAUCCGUUUGUUUCGGUUCAUUAUUAUAGCGGAGAACAAAUUUCAACAGUUUCUUCGAGGAUCUUUUUUUUUUUCAUCGGUUGUAAAAGAAGAAAAAGAAAUAUUGCACAACUUUUUUAUCCGCAAGUAUGCCUGUUAUUCCUCCGGCGGCCACCUGUAGCCCAGCCUUUGAAGUUCAAGUGGUCGCUGCGGGUUUUCGGUGGAUUUAUCCAGAAAACGCGUCUCUGCUCCGGAGCUGCGGGAAAUGUGAUUGAAUGUGCACCGAGAGACAGCAGAUCAGCCGAGAGCCCCGAGACCGGGACCCGUCUCCGUGGAGACUUUAGUUUGAUGGGAGCCAUCCCUCCUGCAGCCCAGCGCGCACCGUGAAGGUGCAGGAACACUGACCACACUGGAGGACUGUCUCAUCUCCGGAUGCAUGUCUCUAAAUGUGCACAAUGUGAAUAACAACUGGUGCUGAUUGGAGGUUUAAGGACACUCUCGAGUUUGAUUAAUGAUGUAAGAACUCCAGCCCUUAACAGUGUGGAUUGUAUCUGUUUUAGUAGAUUUAGACACAAGUGGGAGCUGCACCUGUAAAAAAAAAAAAAAGAAAAGAGAGAUCUCUAUUUUCUUUGAUCUUGUCCAUCCAUCCACGGCGCUUGCCUGCUUUGAAGUCCAGCAUGUGCGGCCGGAACCCGCCGCCACAGCCGAGGCCAUGAGGGCCGGGCUCUGGCCGUGGCUGCUCAUGGCGGCCCUGCAGCUGGUGCUGGGCCAGCCGGGCCUGGAGGCCGAGCGGCCGGCCCUGCGGGCCGUCAUCAAGGUCAGCCUGCUCAAGCACGAGCCCACGGGGAAGCCCAUCGUCCUGGAGGGGGUGUUCGUCGGGGGGAGUGCCGGCAAGGCGGAGGGGAAGCUGAUGCAGUAUCACCCUCUUUCUCUGUGCAACACAAGUGAGGAUGAGCGCCAGGAGAGUGACUUCAUCACCAUCGUCAAACUGGAGCACAGGGUCCCCCGCUGUCUGCCGCUGCUCGACAAGGCUCGCAUGGCGCUGGAUAAAGGAGCUCAAGCCGUUAUCUUUGAUGUCAGCGAUGACGCCAACGCUGCCGCCGAGAUAUACACACGAACCCAGCUGAAAGAAACAGACUCCCUUCCCCGUCCAGUGGUGCUGGUGGAGGCUUACAACGCCGAGGCCCUGAUGAGUUUGGUCAACAAGAAUGAGGAGGCCAAGGUUGUCAUUGAGAUAAAGAUGGAGCCUAAGUGGCUACACUACGAUGUGAGCAUCCUCCUCACCAUCGUCCUGGUUAUCCUCACCAUCAUCCUCAUCUUUGUGUUCCGCUACAAGUGCAAGUCUAACAGGACCUGGGAUUCUGUACAUCAGCAGACCAUGCGGGCCAUCAGUCGACUGGAGACCAAGACCUACAGCUCCCAGAGCUGCGCGGGCUCACAGCGCCACCAUGGGGGCUGGGGCUCGGCCAGCAGCUCCAACUCCAGCCCCGUCUGUGCUAUCUGCUUGGAGGAGUUCCAGGACGGGCAGCAUCUGAGGAUCAUCUCCUGCGCUCAUGAGUUCCAUAAGGACUGCGUGGACCCCUGGCUGCUGCAGCACCGCACCUGUCCUCUCUGCAUGCACAACAUCAUGGGGACGGAGCGACAGCCUCAGAGGAGCAGACCCCAGCGGACUCCUGAGCAGAGCCAGGGCUUCCUGCAUCCCCAGUCGUACAGUAGCCCACAUAACCACCCCUUCCCCCAGCACGCUAUCCCAUUCUCCAUGAGACCCCACUACCCCCCCGGGCCCUCGGGACCCUACCCCAACCUGGGCCACUACAGCGGUGCUUCCCCCAUGGACACUCAGAACCUACACUACUUCAGCAGUAGGCAGCCGGGUGCAGGCUGCGGGUACCACCACCACCAGGCGUCAGAGGGCCCUGGGAGGCCACACAGGAUGGGAGGUAACUGCAGGACCUCCACCCACCACUACGCCCCCCGCCGGUCCUGCCACAACUACCGCUCCUCCUGUCCCGCCCAGCGCAGCGCGUCCAGCUCCAGACUGCAACACGCCCUCUCGGCUGUGCCGCCGAGCCGAGGCGCGGCGGUCCACGGCCGGCAGGACGAGGGGAGCUGCUCGGGCGGCAGCUACCACACGGAGCGCAGUGGAUACUUGGCGGACGGGCCCGCGAGCGACUCCAGCUCAGGGCCCUGUCACGGCUCCUCCAGUGACUCGGUUCUCAACUGCACCGACGUGUCCCUGCAGGGACUUUACGGCAGUUGGUCCACCUCCCGCAGCUCUUUGAGUAGUGACUAUAAUCCGUUUGGGUAUUUCGGGCAGGGUCCCGGUCCCGGUCGGCCUCCCCACAAGAGCAGUCCGGAGGCCGGCGCCCAGGCCCGGCCCAGGUCUCUGGAUUCUGUGGUGAACAAAGCGAGUGGGCCCGAGGAGCAGCCGCAGACUGUUCUCAGCCACUUCCACUACCAUCGCCACAGACACCACCACUACGAGGACGGGGAGCACGGCCAGGGCCUGAGCAGAGGCUCGGAUGAGGAUCAGGGGGCCGGCGGCGCCGCAGCCGCGCUCUCCACGGACUCGCCCGUUUGCCCCCCAAAACACCCCCCCUGCCACUGUCCCAAGCCGGACCCCACAGACCGUCCCAGUCCCGGGACGGAGUGCCAGGACCGUGACCCCCCCAGCCCCUCGGGACCUCCUGUCCUGGUGUCCCCAGUCUCUGUCCAGCUCCAGUCCCACUGCUGCCACCAGGGACACGGACACCCCCCUGCUCCGCUGGGGCAGGUGGGAGGCUGUCUGCUCGACGGCCCCUCCGUUCGCUUCCACCAGAACCUGCAGGACCUGCAGGACGACCGCAGCAUCCACAUCUACUACCGUCAGGGCCCCGGCUGCUGCUGCCCUCCCCCGGAGCUGCACCCGGCCCUGCUCCCCCUGCCUCUCAUCGUGGAUUCUGGAGGGAUGGACGACUGGCCGUGCUGUAGCGGGGCCCACGUCGUGUGGCAGAAACGGGUGCAGCAGGCCCAUUCGGAGCCUCAGCUUGUGGGACCCGGGACCUCAAUGGACAGACUUCCCUGCAGGCUCCACCAGGGCCCUGCCGGGGACCGGAGCACAGACGUUUGUUUAUACUGCCAGUCUUUUCACAGCAAUCAGGGAUCAGAAGAGGAGUCUGGAGUGUGAGAACUUGUCGCGUCCCAAAUGCUACACAGGAGCCGGAGUCAAAAAGCCUCUCGUCUUCCCAGAAAUUCCAGCAGCGAUGCCUUCGAUCAGACGAUUCCUCCGCUGCCCUCAUACGAUUCCUCUGCUCACACAAGGAAAUUCUCUCUAUUCUAGAACAGCACAAAAGCCAUCAUUGAUAAUUGAAAUCAAUAUAUUCUUAAUGAAUCAAAUACGUUUAAGAUGGAGGAAACGACUGUUUUCGACUGUUUUCCUUCUCCUCAAAUGCGGGAGGAAUGUUUAUGAUAUCCCAAGUUCCCAUGCUCGUCGUUGACAAAGAACCAUCCUUGCUCGGGGUGUUCAGCUCGCAUGAAGGGAGACCCCAUCUUUGUAUCAGAGAGCUUGAUUCAUGGAAAAGGUACUUAACUUUCAUUUGUGCAGUCUUUGCCUUCCAUUGCUGAGUCCAGCCUCAGCUGAGAGAUGCUCUUCUCUCCAGCCUACCUCAGCUCAGAUUUCCUAAUACGCCUCACACAGGGGGUCUUUAAAGGUACUGCUGUAGUCAUUUUGUUAUUACUUCUUUUCACAGCCAUGUAGCUCCCACAAACUCAUUUAAACUAGUCUAAAUGGAGAGAAAGGUUUAUGCUCAGCUCCUCAGACCAGCAGCGGUCGCCGAGGUCGCCGAGGUCGCCGAGUCCUACACAGGCCUUGUUUUUUCAUAAUUUCAAUAAUGGCAGCUGAUUUUGUUUUUCUCUUUUUUUGUAGUUUUGUCAUUCUUUUCAGCUUUCAACGAGACCGUGUUGACUGAAUCAUGUUAUCUUCAUUACAAGCUAUAGUCGUGUUUUUGUCAUUUCUCUUGCCUGUGGUUACUUCACAUGUUGGAGCUCAGUGCUGUUGAACCCCUCGGACAGUGGCCUUAUCGCAAUGAUAAGCAUAUUCUCCCACCUUUUAACUCCCCCGCCACGCCCCGUUGUCUUCCAGUUCAGACGCUCCCCUUGUUCUCUAAAAACCAAGGCUCUAGAAACAUACUCUACUCAGUCUACCAAUCUUCUCAAUCAUCGAAACAAAAGAAAUGACUUAUAAUGUAACUGGAGUAAAGCUGCGCUAGGUCGCCCUGGCCGUCGCGAGCAUCGGCUCAUUCUGCCGCCGCCGCCGCACCGGUUUGAUGAAAGCUCGGUGCUUUCCCAUGAUCCAUCCAUCCAUCCAUUUUCUAUACCCGCUUAAUCCUGUGCAGGGUCACGGGGGCUUUCCCAUGAUUUCACAUAGUAAUGGGUAGAGCCUGGGAAAUGUCUCAGGAACAAUAAAACACUGGAAAAAUAGGGAGAAUUCACCACAGUUACUAUUUGCUAGCAGUAAGCCUAGAUUUCUAGGCUACACAGUUACCGUAAUAACACCGAAAUUGGUGAUGAACCCUUUUUUUUUUAACAAAAAUCUUUUAAAAAAAAGAAAGAAAGAAAAAUACAUUCUAAACUAAACAUAAAACAUGUUUUCACACCCAAAAACUGUUAAUGAAAGUAAUAGUUAAUAGUCUUUGUUGCUAGAUAUUCCCUCUCGUCGGUCCAGUGGACUGACGGACAGACGGAAAGGGUAUUCCAAGAAGAUGACUGAUCAAAGUCAAUAUGCCAGAUAGUCUAGGUUUUCUGCUUAACAGAAAGUAAGCUGAGAUCAGACGAAUAAGAAUUUGGAUUUGUGUUGGACUUUCUUUGAAAGGCUCAGCGAAAAUGUGAAGAUUAGAGACGAUUACUUUUCGUUUGUUUUUACGGGGGUGCAUUGAGACUGCAGCAGACUAAAAAGCUUGUGGACCUGCAGUGGAACCAGUAGCACUUACUAAACCCUCUAAUGUGCCUUAUUCAUUCAAACUCAGUCAGGAAGCUCCCAACACACAGCUCUUACCUGUCGAACCAAAGAGGCAAAAUCUUGAACACAGUGAAGCUUGUUGUAUGUGAUGUGCCUUUUAUUUUUAUUUUUUUUUACAUUUUUUUUCUUCAUCCAGCUGUUCUUUUGAAUCUCAGCGCAUCAACUGGAGGAGAUAUCUUUGUGGACAUUCAUGCAGACGGUCCGCUGCAGUCCGCCUCUGCCAUACCUCACUUUAAAUGUGUCAACGCAGCGUUCCUUUAGCUAAAGUGUCAGGGUUGCCUUCUUAUCCCCACACAGUCCCAGAGACUCAGAUGGAAAUGACUGAAUAUAAGCAGCACUUUGGCAUCGAAAAUAUUUUAUAUAAAAGAAAGAUAAAACUAAUAGUAUUAAAGUAAACAAGCCCAACGCCAACAGCACGGGGAAAAGUAGCAUUUAGAAAAUGCCGGAAAAAUCUGGUGUGAUUUCAUCCUGUUCAAGAUCUUUCUCUUUGUGUUGUUCGUUUUUGUUUUUGUUUUGCAAGAAUUGUGAGCUAAAACUGCCUUUUCUAAUAGAGUAAAGUAAAAAAAAAAAAAAAAAGAAAAAAUGUCCCUCCAGAACCUAAAGGGAUAUGUCAGUAUAUUUUGGAUACUUUUGUGUACAAAAAGAGAACAACAAAAAGAAAUGAAAUAGUGUUGUAUUUUAUAUAUAAUAGAACAUUUCAAUAUAGUGACAUGUCACUAAUAUAUUUAUUUACUAAUAUAUUUAUCCAUUUUGUCAGGUUUGAAAGAAUGGUUUCUGUAUAGACUGAAAUGUUUCUGUAUGGAAACGGACCGGUGCCAUUGCAAUGUAUCAACCUGUCUUCAUUCCAAUUAUAUGCAAAUAAAUUA